CUCCUCCAUCCAUCUCUGCUUUCUAGUAUUUCUCUCUUUGCACAAACAACUAUAGGCACACACACAGCCCAAUUCGAGUCUCUCUCCACUCUGUCCCUAUCAUUCCCAUUGCCCGAUUUAGCUCCGUGGCCGUAGCUCGCGCGGCGGCGCCGGCGGGCGGCGGCGCCAGGAAUAGAAACGUGACCUAAAACGAGGCCGGCUCUGUUUUGGGCGGGCACGGCUACAUUGCCGGUCGUGUCCCCGGCGCUGCAAAGGUUUGGGCGUUGCGCCAUCGAUCGCGCGCUCCCCGUCGCGUGCGUGCGUGGGUUGAUUGGAUUCGGGCAGGCAGGCGCGCGCGCGCGGCCGGCCAUGGCGCAGCUGCCGCCCAAGGUCCCCACCAUGGCGCCGGCCUGGCCGGAGUUCGGGGGCGGCCACCACCACCGCCACCACCAUCACCACCAGCGCAGCCCAUCCAUGGGCGCCUUCGUCGCCGCGCCAAUGCCGCCGCUCCCGCCGCCUGCGCCGGCGGCGGCCGCGAACGGGGCGCAGCAGCCGUCGUGGGUCGACGAGUUCCUCGACUUCUCGGCCGCCAAGCGCGGCGCGCACCGCCGCACCGUGAGCGACUCCGUCGCCUUCCUCGACGACGCCGGCAAUGCCGGCGCCGUCGGGGCGCACGAGUUCGACCGCCUGGACGACGACCAGCUCAUGUCCAUGUUCUCCGACCAGCUGGCGGCGCCGCCGACGACGCAGCAGCAGCAGGCGAGCGCGUCGUCGCCGUCCGAUCAUAACAGCAUCAACGACGACAAGGGCGACACCGAGGAGGCGCAGAGCGACUGCAAUGGUGACGGCAGGCAGCCGUCCUCGCCCGCCACAGCUGACCCCAAGCGGGUCAAGAGGAUCCUGGCGAACCGGCAGUCGGCGCAGCGGUCGCGCGUGCGCAAGCUGCAGUACAUCUCGGAGCUGGAGCGCAGCGUCACGUCGCUGCAGACUGAGGUGUCGGCCUUGUCCCCGCGCGUCGCAUUCCUCGACCACCAACGCUCGCUGCUGACGCUGGGGAACAGCCACCUCAAGCAGCGCAUCGCGGCGCUCGCGCAGGACAAGAUCUUCAAAGAUGCUCAUCAGGAGGCGCUGAAGAAGGAGAUAGAGAGGCUGAGGCAAAUCUACCAGCAGCAGAGCCUCAAGAACGCGGAACACCCGGCACCCGACAACAACAACAGCAACAACAACGGCUUCAUCGCCAGCGAGGGGACCGCCGCGCCCUCGUGAUCGAGAUCCGGCCCGUCGGCCUCACGACAACCCAGCGUUGUCGCUGUUUCUUCUUCUUCCUCCUCCUGCUGCCGUCGCUGUUGAUAGGAUUUGGUGCGUGCGUUGCUUGGGCUUGCGAUUCUUUGGGCGCGUGAUGUAUGUAAAACUCGAUCUGAUGUUCGUUCCGGUUGCGUGUAUUUGUUAAUUCUUGCGUCCUCCGCCGCCGCUGGCUGGUGCUGCUAGCUCAAUUGUGAUUCUUCUCUACUCCCCCUGAUUUGUACUCGAUUUUUACCCCGGCAUUUUGGGCGAAGGUUGUAGCUAAGAGUUGUGUAAUUCAGAUUGGUUGAGGCCGAGUGUUCUGUCUGUC